AUGCGUACUGGUGUCAAUAAAAGACAGCCCACAGAGGAGAAAUCUCAAUCUGGAACUAAGGCUAUAGAGAGAUUUCAAGAAAUGAAUCAAGUUAAAAGUAUAUCCAGUAAUGAUCAACAAGAAAGAAAGACCAGAUUGUAUAGUGCUAUCAGUUUAGGUUUCGUCCCGUCUCUCACGAACCCAGAGAAAAGAAAUCUGGGGAUGGACUACUGGCAAGUGGAGAGGCGGCGGGCGAGGCCAGAGAAGGUGUCUUUGCCUGGUCGUGAAUACUGGGGCGGUGGCUGUCAGAGUCGAUCAGCGACUCUAAAUCCACUGUUUGAGAAAACGAAAGUCCUAAGGCCCAUGACUAACGCAAUCCCACCUAAAAUUGGUCAUCGAUCGUCUCAUUCUUCCGUUAAUUUAUUGGACCAACUUCGAGCUAAAGGGACGAGGGACAAAAAAUGUCCUAAUUUUGAUUCGUUGACAUUGACGGUUGAAGAAGCCUUCAUAAUCAUGCGUGGAAACUAG